UCGUAUCGUAUAGUUGAGCUCAGCACACCUUCUGCUGGGUUUACGUUUUGCCGUUUCCCUCUCUACGUUUAUAUUUAAUCCACUACACUACACUACACUACACUACUCUACCUUCCUUCCUACCUUACUACCAACCAACGACUCUAACUCCAACUCCAACUACUUUAAUACUUGCUCCAAGUAUCUACAACAGCAGACACGGCGAUGCAUCGUGCUGAGAGAAAGACCCACGGCCACGAUUCAAAUCGACUCCUAGUUGCUUUUAAAUCUCAGCUACCAUCGGUCUAUUAGUUCGCGAGUGACCGCGACUCCGUUCGCGUUUAAUUUUAAAAGAACAAAAAAAAACUCGAUUCAAAAAUUAUUUUCCCAGUGCAUUUUUAAAUUUAAUAUAUAAAAAAGUGAAUUUAUCGAUUGUACCCAUAUCUUAUCGCGUGUGAGUGUGUGAGGAUCAUUGAGCCCGACCCUGACCUCCGACUCGUCAAGGUCAGUUGCCAGCGAAUUCUCUGGAUCGGAUGCACUGAAUCCAUACAAUCCUGAGCCUUGCCAUUGGAUAUCUUGUACUAUAUUUUAUUUAUAUUGCCAUUUUAUAUAUAUAUAUAUAAUUUUUAUCACCACGUGGAUUGAAUUAUACGUUAAUUUAAUUGCCAUUAUUUAUCGUCCGCGUAAAAGGAUAUUUAUGUAUCGCGUAAGUUAAUUUAGCAGCAUCCAGCACAGGUGUGCGCUGAUAACAAGUCCAAUAAAUAUGUCAUGUGUAAGUGAUAACUGAUAACAAUAAGUACGAUUACAAUUGAAGGCGAGUGGUAAAUGUGUGAGUGCGUGUGCGUGUGUGUAUUUUUUAAUUUAAGUAAAUUUAUAGUGCGUGUCAGGAAGACACUUGGGUGUUGCGUCUCGUGUAUUGUAACGUCUGCAGGAUCUCUUGCCUUGCAGUCGUUACUUCCGGUUGCCCGUGUGUAAAUAUAUACGUUCGUACGUAUGAAUAUAAAUAUAAAUAAAUAAAUGUGAGGUGGACUUGGAACCUUGGGUUCGUGGGCAGAACACGCAUCAACUCUUUAAAUCGAUCAAUCGCUAGACUUUUAUUCGAUACUUUUUUACCGUAGAGAGAUCGAUAGACUUAGCAAUUGUUCUUGUGUCGUUCAUGUGCUCUUUGACUGUGCUAACGAGCCGAGAAAUACCUGGAACACAUAAAUAUACGUGCAUAUAUAUAUAGUUAUAUACAUUUAUCGGCGCUCUGUAGUUCUGGAUUUUUUUUUAGUGAACUAAAGUUUUUUUUUAAAUAUUCAAACGCUUGGUUCGCUGAUGGAAAUUUAAUAAGGAUAUUAAUCUCGUUAUUAUCCAGAUACCACGAGAUGGGUCUGGUCGACCGGGAGAAUCAGAUGCAAGAGCUGCAAUCCCAGAGACCAGGAAGGUCGAGGGAUCUCUUUGGAGUCCAGCUUGAGGUUACUUCCUUACUACUCGAAGGUGAAAGAAGAAAACUAGCUGUCCUACAGAGAGAAUUGCAGGUAGCACUUGCCGAAGGAGGGAGUGUUAAAGUGAAAGAAAAACAACGACAAGAACUAAUCCACGCGAUAUCGAAAAUCCAGGGCCAGCAUGAGCAACUGGAUAAAGAAUAUCGUAUCCACGCCGCGGGAGUUAUUCUCAGCAACACAAGGGGAUCUGGCAAGGAAAAUGCCGGACAGUGGAUAGAGUGAAACUAUAAAGC